AUUCACUUUCAUCGCAAUCUUCAGGUAACGAUACCAUUCGUCAAUUUGCAACUAAUCCCCUUUUUAUUGUUUAUAUGGUUUCUCUAAAUUAUGGAUUACCUUCAUCUCAUGUUUUGAAUUUCUUCAUUCAUCUCCUUUAUUAUUAUAUUGUUUGUUCUAGAAGAUACAUGAAAAUCAUAUAUUUGGUUACAUGUGGUUAAUUAUUUCAAUUUGAAACUCAAUCCAUGGCCAACUUUCAUUCAAAGUAAAAAUAAAUAAUAAAAAAAUCCACGAGCAAAUCCGUCCCGCCUUAUCCCACCCAAUUUUUUAAAGGGGCAAAAUGAAGCGAACGAACCAACUUAAGGUAUCAAGCCUAACCCGCCAAAAAAAGCAGGUCAAACGGGUCGGUCCAGCGAACCAACCGUUUUGCCACCCCUAGCCUGAAUACAUAAUUUAAUUUAAUUUUUUUUUUAAGAAUGCCCUGGAUACAUAAUUUUAAAAAAUAUAUACUAUAUUUUACCAUUUAUUUAAUUUUUACUCAUCUUUUUUCCACUUUCCAGACUUAAUUAUCUCUCUUCUCUCGCGAUUUCCUUUAACCCUAAUUCCCUCUGUUUUUCUUCCAUAAUAAUUUCAUUCAUUCAUUCAUUCAUCCAUCGAGUUCUUCCGUAUCGAUUACAACCUCUCUCAUUCCCAUGGCUACUCUUGCUGACUCUUUCCUUGCUGAUCUUGAUGAACUCUCUGAUAAUGAGGCUGAAAUUCCAGCGGAUGAUGGUGGCGAUGCAGCAGAUAUGGAUGAAGAUGUUGAUGGUGACCUUGCUGACUUAGAGAAUCUUAAUUAUGAUGAUUUGGAUAGUGUUUCCAAGUUGCAGAAAACUCAAAGAUAUAUCGAUGUUAUACAGAAAGUGGAAGGAGCUCUUCAAAAGGGUUCAGAUGUUUCAAUUCAGGGAGUAGAUUUAGAAGAUGAUCCUGAAUACCAAUUAAUUGUGGAGUGCAAUGCGUUAUCAGUUGACAUUGAGAAUGAAAUUGUCAUUAUUCACAACUUUAUCCGUGACAAGUAUCGCUUGAAAUUUCCAGAGCUUGAGUCACUAGUACAUCACCCAAUUGAUUAUGCACGUGUUGUUAAGAAGAUAGGAAAUGAAAUGGAUCUAACUCUUGUUGAUUUAGAAGGGCUUUUACCCUCAGCUAUUAUCAUGGUUGUCUCGGUUACAGCGUCGACUACGAGUGGCAAGCCACUUCCGGAAGAAGUCCUUAGUAAGACAAUUGAGGCUUGUGAUCGAGCUCUUGAUCUUGAUUCAGCGAAGAAAAAGGUUCUUGAUUUUGUAGAGAGUAGAAUGGGUUACAUUGCACCGAAUGUUUCUACUAUAGUUGGCAGUGCUGUCGCAGCUAAACUCAUGGGAACAGCUGGUGGCCUAUCAGCUCUUGCAAAGAUGCCUGCUUGUAAUGUUCAGCUUCUUGGAGCCAAGAAAAAAAAUCUUGCGGGGUUCUCCACCGCAACAUCGCAAUUUCAUGUCGGUUACAUUGAGCAAACAGAAAUAUUUCAGACUACUCCUCCUAAUUUUAGGCCACGAGCAUGCCGACUCCUGGCUGCAAAGGCUACACUUGCGGCACGAGUAGACUCAAUACGUGGGGAUCCAUCUGGGAAAACUGGACGAUCUCUCAAGGAUGAGAUCCACAAAAAAAUUGAGAAGUGGCAAGAGCCCCCUCCAGCUAAGCAACCGAAACCACUUCCAGUGCCUGAUUCUGAACCUAAGAAGAAGAGAGGUGGUCGAAGGCUUAGGAAGAUGAAGGAGAGGUAUGCAAUAACAGACAUGAGGAAGUUAGCAAAUAGGAUGCAGUUUGGAAUUCCUGAAGAGAGCUCUUUAGGGGAUGGUCUGGGUGAGGGUUAUGGAAUGCUUGGUCAGGCUGGGAGUGGCAAGCUUCGUGUGUCAGCUGGUCAAAGUAAACUUGGUGUAAAAGUUUCGAAGAAAUUUAAGGAAAAGAACUAUGGUAGCAGUGGUGCUACAUCUGGUUUAACUUCAAGUCUUGCAUUUACACCAGUGCAGGGAAUUGAGCUGACAAAUCCACAGGCUCAUGCACAUCAACUUGGUAGUGGAACUCAAAGCACCUACUUCUCUGAAACAGGAACAUUUUCAAAGAUCAAGAGGACUUGAAACCAUGCAUGAACCUGAAUUCUUGUUCUGUCUCCUGAAUUGUUGAUUGUAAACAUUCUAGUAAAUUGAUAAUGCUGCCGGGGGACAUUGCUCCAUAGAUCUAUGGUAGAUUUUUGUAGGAUAGCCAUAUAUACUGUUAAGUGUUAACUAUGCUGUGAAUCUGGUUUCCUAACAGCGAGUCCAUUGUAGACGUUCCCUUUGUAUAUGACUUUUGCAAUGCCUUGAGGUUUCUAUUCAUAGUAAUAGAGAAAUGAUGAUCAAUCUAUACCAUUUUCAUGGGAUAGGUUUAUAACCAAAAAUCAAAGAAAACUAUUAUUAACUUGGGUGCUAUCUUCUAUGAUGUGAGUUUGUUCGUAUUUCGUAGAUUCAUUCUUUUUGUUUUUAGUUGUAUUGAAUUUGUAUUUGAAUAUGAAAUCUUCUUGAUGUUAGUGUUAUUUGACAUCAAUACAUAUUCUUUAAUUAAAGGGUUGAAUAUGAAA